AUGUGGUAUUAUAUAGUUUUGACUGCUGGAUCUGAGAAACAGAAAGAAAUAUUCGAAAAGGAGCUGAGGCUGCUUCCGAUUUCCGAAUACAGCUCGGGAAAAUGCGUUUUGAAAGAUGACGCACCGGAAGGAGUCAGAAUCGGAUCUGGUGGAUCGACACUGAGUCUGAUACGGUCGGAUAAUGCCUAUAUGAAUGAUAAAAUCAAUUUGAAGGUUUGGUUUCUUCAUUUGUUGCAAAAUUAUUUAUGGUAAUCUCGUUCUACCGCUACCACGUUUUCACGUGGAAAAUGCGGUAGAGCGCGACUGACAGAAUACUUCAACCAAUUUACAAAACAGUUCAAACUCCCUAUUUUCAAUUACAGCAUCUUCUUGUCCAUUCCGGCGGUCUUUCUCAGCGAAUGCCGCAUCUUUCCGCCUACGGAAAAGCAUUCGGAUUGUUACCGAACGGAAAAACAUUGUUGGAAACGAAACUAGACAUCUACAGGUGAAUAUUGAACUGAAAAAAGAAAGAACAGAACAAAAAGAGAAGAAGUUUCAGGAAUCAUUUGUUUGAUAAACUCCCCCCGGUCAGUGGAAUCAUGAUAACUGCGUCCGACGUUUUGGAGGACAUGCAAGGACUUCCAUCGAUUCGGAACAGCGACGCCGAUAUUAUCAUUUUCGCGCAUACUUCUUCUUUGGAAGUCGGCACUCAGCACGGCGUUUUUGUGGUGGAUGCCAAAACGAAAAAGCUGAAGAAAGUGCUUCAGAAGCCGUCAGUCGAAGAAAUGAGGAAAGAAGGAGCGCUGAGGGAGGAUGGAACAAUCCUCACUGACAGGUUUUCAACAUCUUCCCGUUUGAGACCGAACCUUCUCUUGCAGUUGUUUCUUCCUAACCUGGCCUUUCUGUGACCAAAUUCUCAAUUCGGACAAUUUAUUCAAUGAACAGAUAACUGAGGAACUGUGCUGUUACGGAGACUUUAUGAGGGGGCUGGGAACUGAACCGAAACUGGAUUACAUUGACGAUUGUAAGAAUUUAAAACACAUGUUAAAUUGGUCGUAACUUACUUCAGCGCCUCCGAAAUUAGCCGAGUACCGACGGGCUCUUGCCAACAGUUUCUCUAAAGCCAAGAUCCAGGUUUGGACUGCAAAACCUCACUUUUAAUUAACUCAAAGUUUCGCUUCAGAUUUGUGAACUGGGGAAGAACACAUUCUUUCACUUCGGAACAUAUCGAGAGUUUUUGGAGCAUCUUCUGCCAGACUCCGCACUCCGGAACGCCUUCCCCGACAUUUUCACGUCAAACGUUCAGAAGUCGAAAGGAUUUCAAAUUAUGAAAGUUCCCGAUUCAAGUUUUGUGGAAUUCUCGGAUGGAAUGCGGGUAGGAGUUGGCCAGAAUUGUGUGAUAAGUGGAAUUGAAGCGGAACAAAUGAAAAUCAAAAUUAGUGACGACACAGUCGUUUUCACGAUGGCACUAAAUAAGGUUGAAAGGGAGGCACCUUUAUGUACAAUUACACGCGACUUUCAGGGAGAUUAUGUGAGUGUGAUGUUCAAAAUUGACGAUGAUAUCAAGAAGAAGUGGAACAGACUGAAAUGGAAUGGGCAUGAUACAGGAAUCGCGAACACAUCGAUGUGGGAUGCACCGAUCUUCAGAACGUUCGAUUCACGGUUAAAAUCUUUGGAUAAGACAUUGUCCGAGUGGGUUAACGGGAUGGAAGAAAAGGUGAGGAGAAAAAUAGGGAAACAGACAAGGAUGAAGAUGAGAUUGCAGGGAACGCGGAUUUCGAUCGGCGAAGCAAUGA